CCUUGGUGUUGAGUGCUGUAAAGGUGACUCUGUGUGGUUGGACACGUCGGGCGCGGUGGUGUAAGCGGUGCUCUGCUCUUGCCAACUUAUAGACAUGGCAUUCUGUGCCCCGCGUGCUGUGGAGCUCCAGGCUCGGCUGGCAUACACGGCGCGAGUUUAUGUACACAGAAGCUAUUCAUCACGCUCUCUAAAUGAAGUGGUAAUAGCGAGUGCCGUCAGGACCCCAAUCGGAUCAUUUCAGGGGACUUUGUCUUCAUUGCCUGCGACUAAACUUGGCUCCGUAGCCAUUAAAGCUGCCAUAGAGAAAGCUGGCAUCCCAGCAGAUGAAGUGAAGGAAGUAUACAUGGGCAACGUGCUACAGGCAGGCCAAGGACAAGCACCCACCAGACAGGCGGCACUUGGCGCAGGCCUGCCAAUAUCCACCCCAACCACCACCAUCAACAAAGUAUGUGCGUCAGGAAUGAAGGCUGUCAUGUUGGCUGCACAGAACCUCAUGUGUGGGCACCAGGACGUGAUGGUAGCCGGGGGCAUGGAAAGCAUGUCUAAUGUGCCCUAUUGCAUGAGCAGAGGAGCCACGCCGUAUGGAGGAGUAAAACUGGAAGACUUGAUCGUAAAAGACGGUCUGACUGAUGUCUACAACAAAAUCCACAUGGGAAACUGCGCAGAAAACACAGCCAAGAAGUUUAACAUUGCUCGUGAGGAGCAAGAUAACUACGCCAUCAGCUCUUAUACCAGGAGUAAAGCCGCCUGGGCCGCUGGGCUACUAGCCAGUGAGAUUGCACCUGUGACCAUUUCACAAAAAGGUAAACCGGAUGUUCUAGUGCAAGAAGACGAGGAGUACAAGCGAGUUGACUUCAGUAAAUUCCCAAAACUCAAGACUGUCUUCCAAAAGGACAAUGGUACCAUCACAGCCGCCAACGCCAGCACGUUGAAUGACGGAGCGGCUGCUUUGGUUCUCAUGACGUCCGGAGCUGCAGAAAAGCUGAAAGUUAAACCUCUUGCUAGAAUAGUGGCUUUUGCAGACUCCGCUGUGGACCCCAUUGACUUCCCCAUUGCUCCUGCCUAUGCGAUACCCAAGGUUCUGAGUCAGGCUGGAUUGAAGAAAGAAGACAUUGCCAUGUGGGAAAUUAAUGAAGCGUUUAGUGUUGUUGUUCUGGCCAAUAUCAAAAUGCUGGAGAUUGACCCAGCAAAAGUCAACAUUAAUGGAGGCGCCGUGUCCCUCGGGCAUCCCAUAGGGAUGUCGGGUGCCAGAAUUAUUGGUCACAUGGCUCAUGCAUUGAAGAAGGGGCAGUUUGGACUGGCUGGAAUCUGUAAUGGCGGAGGUGGCGCAUCUGCAGUCCUGAUUGAGAAGCUGUAGGCGCCGCUUGCUUAAAGCUUGUAGUAUUUGGAGGAUAGUGCUGUCUCAUCCAGGGGCCUCACCUAUUAAUAUACUUUAAUGUCUGUUACACCUGACGCUUUACUUGUUGAAUAUACCGUAUUUUAUAUCGCGUGGCUACCUGGGAUUACCUCUCUAAAAAUUCUGAUUUACAAAAACCAACGCUGAUUUUUUUUUAUAUAUAAAAACAAUAAAUAUUCUAACUGAAAGAGGUGCGAAGGACCCUGUAGAUCCACUUAAAUCUCUUAUGGUACAGAGCCAGCUGCAUGAAAUCUCUGGGAAGCUGCAUCAUUAACUGUUUAAUGACGGCACAAUAAAUCUGAUUAUUUUUGGAAAAAACAAA